UGAGGAGUUACAAAAGAAAAAGAGGGAGAAGCUAGACUGUGAGGAGGAGGAACAAUUUAUAGGAAAAUGAGAGGUCAGUUCUUUUCAAAUGAAAAUUCAAAUAUUAAGCACAACACACUUUCCUAUCAAAGUAGGACUAUUUAUCAAGAAGCCAGAAAGGAUAGGCCUGGGGAGUAAGGUAGGAGGGGGUAGUGAUCCUGCUCUGGGGAAACAAGAGCAGGCAAGGGUGAAAGCAAUGGUAGGGAUAAAAAAUAAAAAGAAUGAGUAGGAAACACAGGGAAAAAAACCCUGUGAACCUGAUUUAGGUUCACAAAGAACCUAAACUGGAACUACCUUAGCACUUAAGAUCCAAAGGACAGUGGUGCCUGGUGGAUUAAAAUAUUAUAUGCAGCCCAGGAACAGGAGUUCAUGAACUCUGGGGUUGGCCAGUCUGAGGAGGGAACAAGAGCAGUGAAGCGGGCAGGGGCGGGGGACUGGGCAGGGCCCUGGAAGAAGUCAGUUCCUGGCAACUGCAAGGCAGUUUGGACAUAACUCCCUCCCCAGCCCGACUGCCAUGGGUCUCCCUCUGCCCUGGCUCUCUCAUUACUGCUACCGGUUCCUGCUGUCCCGGAUCAUGGCCCGCCACAUCUCUCGUAGGGUCUGCUCCCAGAAUGCUGGGCCACCUACAGAAGAAUUAGCUACCGAAGAGACCAGGAAGACUCUAUUCCCAAACAGGGGUCCAGGCCACAGAAGAGCUGAACUGGCCCAGGCAGAAGAACUGCUGGAACAACAACUAGAGCUAUAUCAAGCCCUGCUGGAAGGGCAAGAAGGGGCAUGGGAAGCUCAAGCCCUUGUACUCAAGAUCCAGAAGCUCAAGGAGCAGAUGAGGCGGCACCGAGACAGCCUGAGAGGUGAUGCUUGAGGGGACCCAUCCUUACCUUCAUUCACUGGCUGAAUCCAAACACUUCUAAGAACCCUUUUGCCCCAGGAUCCUAUCUUGUUCCCUCCUUUUCUGGAGAGCAUCCAAUGAGGGGAAAUAGGAACGCUCUCCUUCUAAGUAGGGUCAAGAAAUGGGAAGGGGUACUCAAGGGAAGCCAGUCCUUCCUCAUCCUAAUUAAUAAUUGAAUCCCCUCACAAUGAUCCUAUUUCCAGUCCCCUAAGAUGACUUCCAUUCUUUGCUCAAGGCUGAAGAGAAGAAAAAAACACCAUCCACUGCCAUCCCUCAAAUAAAGGAACAAAACCCUCAGACACUCGA